CGGUGCGGGCCGGGCCGGGCCGGGCAUGGCGCUGCUGCUGGAGCACGAGUUCCGGCCGCUGCCGGCAGACAAGCAGAUCGAGACGCUGCCCUUCCUGGAGGCCGUGGCGCACCUGCCGCCCUUCUUCGACUGCCUGGGGACGCCCAUCGUAUACUCACCCGUCAAAGCCGACCUGGCCGGGAACAUCAAGAAAAUCCGGGCCGUUUACGACUCCAACCCCAGCAAGUUCAAAACGCUGCAGAACAUCCUGGAGGUGGAGAAGGAGAUGCACGGCGCUGCCUGGCCCAAGACGGGCGCUACGCUGGCGCUGAUGUGGCUGAAGAGGGGGCUGAAGUUCAUGCUGGUGCUGCUGCAGAGCAUCUCCGAUGGCGAGCGGGACGAGGAGCACCCCAACCUCAUCCGUGUCAAUGCCAUGAAAGCCUAUGAGAUCGCCCUCAAGAAGUACCACGGCUGGAUGCUGCAGAAGCUUUUCAUGGGCUCAGUCUACGCGCUGCCCUACAAGUCGGAUCUGCUGAAGGCUUUGGAGAAGGGCAGAGAGGUGAAGGAGGAGGAGAGCAUCGAGAAGAUCCACCAAUUCCUCGCGAGAGUGACGCCCAUCCUGGAUGCCAUCUACGAGAUGUACACCCGGAUGAACGCCGAGCUGAGCUACAAAGCCUAAUGGGGCUCAGCACAACAGCGGGGCCGCCCCGCUCCGCAAAUCCCAUUCCUCUCUGGAUCCGCAGCCGAUAGCCCGUUUUCUAAAAAGAAUCAUUACUUUUCUAUCGAGAAUAUAGCAAUAAACCGAUUGUACCCCGGGGGCACCUCGGGAUUUCCCAAGCUUUUGUACCACGGAGGAAAAAAAUCCGCGUUCCUGGGAACCCGUUGCAGGGAAUGACGUUUGGUGGGCGGCCGCAUCCCGACGGUGCUGCCGGGCUCCGGGGCUGCCCCACUCCUGGCUGUGCCGUGGGUCAAACGCAGCUCCGGGCACCCAAAGCCGCUCUGAGCCCGCAGAGGAGGAACGGAGGAUCCCAAGCGAUGACCUUCCCGGUGCCCCCGAACCCUUUCAGCGCCGCGGAUGGGAGCGGUGCCGGGAUGUUCCGAGCGCUGUUUGUCGGAUGCCUUAAGGAACUUUCACCAGCGGGAAGCAGAACUCAAUAAAUCUCACCUUAACCU